GGAAGCGGUGAAAUCAACGCAAUCCCCUCUGCCACGAGAACACAGGAAAUACUACUGUGGAAAUGGAAGCAGGAGGAGGAGGAGGGGGGAGUACGCUGUCAGAGAUAUACCAGAACGCGAAGAAGUUGAUGUUGAGGACGAGGGACGCGAUGGAACGCUUGGAACGCCUUGAGUACUCGAGCGGUAGCGUUGGGAUGGACUCUCCGGAGCUCUCAUCCUCAAUCACCAGGGACAUUACCCACAUCCAAUCCCUCUGCGUCGAGAUGGACCGCCUCUGCCGCUCCCUCCCCUCCAAGUCACACCGCGAUCUCUGGAAACGAAAAGUUGAGCAAGUAGGAGAAGAGUCUGAAUCUUUGAAACAAAGUUUGGAUAAGUAUUCUUUAAGGAAUCAGAAGAGGAUGAUGGAAGCCAAAGAGAGAGCAGAGUUGCUUGGAAGAGCUAAUGGGGAAUCUCAUGUUUUGAGAAUAUUUGAUGAUGAAGCGCAAGCAAGGCAGUCAUAUCGUAACUCUGCCCGGAUGUUGGAAGAAGCUAGUUCAACUGGAGAGGCCAUCCUGUCCGCAAUGUCAGGCUCAAGGGAACGUCUAAAGAAAGCACACCGGAAAGCACUCGAUGUUCUUAACACAGUAGGGCUUUCGAAUUCCGUAUUGAAGCUGAUUGAGAGGCGGCACCGUGUUGAUAAUUGGAUUAAAUAUGCAGGCAUGAUUUUGACACUCGUCAUUGUGUUCAUCAUUUGGAGGUGGACAUGAUGAUCCACUCUUUGGGCUAUUUUAUGUGUAGUUCGUUUCCUCCAUAUGUUUUUUGUUUUAAUUCCUUGAACUUGAUGCAGUUUUACAUUUUAAAUGUAAUGAAUGAGAUUGUACAAACUACAAGGGCCCAGCCCCGUCACUGAGAAUACGGUUUUAUAAAAUUAGUGUACUAACGGAAACUAUAUACUACCUCAGGCUUCUUCUCUUCA